CUUGAAACCACCGCCGUGAAACAGGUGAACAUCCAGGUAACAAUGUGGAAUCGCUAGGAACGAGAUUGUGCGAAGUGGUCGCGCUCGUUGGACGACGGCUACGUCGUGUCGCUCCGUCUUUCAUCUGCCACUGCUUGCCAUCGGAUUCUUCUGUUUUUCUUCGUUACCAUUGACGACCGGUCUUCUAUUGGCCGCAGAAAAACUCGCCAGCUUGAUUCGUAUCUUCGAACGCGAAAAGUGUCACUGUCACGCUGUCAUUUGCUUUUGUGUAUUGUGAAUUAGAUGAACUCUUUUGGGGACUUCCGUGUUUUUACGCGUUUGUUUUGUUUUGAACUGUGUGUUUAUUAAUGACGUUUUGGUUUUGGUGAACGUUUUUUAGGAUUAUAUUCAAGCAAAACCAUGCUGGCAAUGGAUUACUGCCUGCCGAUGGGGGGCCACCACCCCCCCUCGUCGCAGCAGUCCUCCCAAAUAAAAUACGCCGCCUCCACCAUGAGCUCGGAGACGGUGUCGGAAAGCUGCGGAUCCCGGCACAACCGCGUACGCACCGUGCGGCUCGUGCGGCCCGCCAACGGCACGCUGCCGCCCCCAAACUUGACGUGCAAGCACGGGCCCAACCUCGGCUUCAGCCUCAGGGGCGGCCGCGAGCACGGCACCGGCUUUUUUGUGAGCAGCGUGGAGACCGGCAGCGAGGCGCACAGGCAAGGACUAAGGGUGGGUGAUCAAAUUGUGCGAAUCAAUGGGUUUACGAUUGAGGAUGCCGUUCACAAAGAAGUCCUUCAACUCAUCUCGAAUCACACGCAUCUGACACUUAAAGUUCGAAGUGUUGGGAUGAUCCCUAUAAAGGAUAGAAAAAAUGACAGUUUGAGUUGGCAAAUCAUCACAAACGACAAUUCAUCGUUAAGGUCAUCUCCACAGCUCCAUGAAAAAAUCCACGAUGUCAGAAUAAACAUCAUGGUGGCACCCAGGUCGAAAUUGGGAUGUGGAAUUUGCAAAGGUCCAGAAUGGAAACAAGGCAUCUUCAUACAAUUUACAAAGGAGGGAGGCAUCGCCAGAGAGGCUGGUUUACGACCUGGUGAUCAAAUUUUGAUCUGCAAUAACGUGGAUUUUUCCGAUAUACAAUUCAACGAGGCUGUCAACCUGAUGAAAACCUCCAGACAGUUGGAUCUGGUGGUGAGAAAAUCCGCAGGCUCGGAACUCUUCCCUGGCGAGUCGUCGGGGUACAACAGUUCGGCCAGUUCCGUAACAGGCGACCAAUCGCCAUCCUGGAGCGACUCCAAGAGAUUGUCCAUUGUCAAAGAGGAGAGUUUGGAUCUGGAAGACCGACUUUCGCAGCUCGACCAGCGCUUCAGAAAAAUGUCUGGUGGGUCAAAAUGGGACGCCAUAGAGUGGGACGAGAUUCAACAGGAGGAGAAACCGUUUUUCAAACCGACCAUUAUAAAUUUGUCGGAAAAUGGCACCACGAUCAAAAAUAAUGGGGAUGAAGAGGAAUUUUACGAAACCCGAAAUUUUGACAACCAAAAAAUGUCCGAUAAUAUUCCUGCUCCUCCGAUGAUGGAAACCAAAACUGUGGUAGUCGAGGUUCACAGAAGCGACGAGGAUAAACCAAAAGUGGAAAAGCCGCUUCAAAAUGUGCACAACGUUUUGACGAAAAGCGCGUCUGUCAGCAGUUUUAGCAGCGUUGCCAGUAGGUCGAGUACUGCAUCCAGUAGUCUGUCAAGUGCUAUUUGCAUGGAGAUACAAAGAAGGAAUCAGAAAAAUCCGACUUCACCUGAAGAACAAGAACAAAAACCGUCGAUAGACGAGCAAAUACAAAUGAAAAAAAUAAUGAAAAACGUGUCGCAAGACAAACAAUUUCAACACACAAAAUUGAUGGACGAAUUUAAAAAGGCCCACCGAAAAAUGUUCAGGACCGUGUCCGAGCCAGGGGCCCAACAGAAUGCUGGAGCCGGAGAUGCCAAUUCUUUGAAAGAAGCAAUUGACCGUCUGGCAAACAAAGAAACAAACAACAAACCGACAGAGACGUCAGACAAAAGCGCAACGAUUUUCCAAAAACCCAACGAAAUGAAAAUACCGCCGCCACCUCCGCCACUGCCAACAGGCGAAUUGGAUGGCUCCCCAGUAAUAAAAAACCACAAUCUCACCGAAAAAAUGUCUCCACUCAAACCAAAAGUCAAAGGCAAAGCACCUCCAGUCCCCAUUAAAUAUUCCACGUUGUCGUACACUCAAAAUAUUACCAACAACGGCGAAGAAAAUAGCUACAAAAACGUGACGUAUCAAAGAAACAACAACAACAACAAUCUCCCGGAUUAUUACUGCCCCACCCCGGACUACGACACUCUAAGCAUUGCAUCCAGUUGUACUAGUACUAGUACUUUCAGGCCUGGUCAUAUCAAUAACGAUAGCGUUGAGAUGGAGUCGUUGGAGAGUUUUAGACUGGAUGGAAAUAGCGAGGUUCCCAAACCCCCAAAUACGUAUUUCAAGAAGAGUCUUAGCGGGCAGUUGAGCAAUGGAUCUACUGCCAAUAAUUCUGUAAACGGCACUCUACGAAGGUCCAGACCGGUCAGCGUCACCAUAGGGGAAUACCCUACGAUGCGCCGAAACCACGUCGGAAAAUUGGAUUUUCUCGGCUCUGACGAAGUCGACUCGAAUGGUGGGAAAUUUUCCAAACGACCAGUUUCCGCCCAGUUUUCCUCCGAACUGGCCGAAACCCUCAAAAGAUCCAACUUGAAAAAACGAACCGAAUCAGUGGAAAACCUGUUGAUGGCAAAGGAGCAAAUCUCACCGCAACAAAACGGUUCAGUCAGGAUUUCUCUGACGAAAAAUCUAGCAAAAUCGACCAACGACUUGUUCAACAAUAACGAUUACGAAAAAAUAAAUUUAUCGAAAUCUGUUUCGAAUCACAAUAGAGUUACAAUAAAUAUAAACGCCAACAACAACGAAAGAAAAGUCGAGAGCCCAAAUGGUAUUCUGAAAAAUACAGUCAAUGGAAACCAGAGCGUUGUGAGUUCGGUGCACAAGACUCUAAGUGCUCAAAAAAGUAUCACUUUUGGUGAAAUGCCAACGCUGAUCAAAGGAAAACCUGCUCAAGUCACAUAACUUUAAAUUUGAACUAUAUUUAAGGGAUUUUUGCAAAUAUUAUAAAACUUAAUUAAUAUUUAUAACCUCAUAUACAUUUUUUAUUAUUUUUAAUUGUGUAUUGUUAAUGUCUGUUUUUUCUUGUUUUUUUACCAAGAGAGUAUUGUGCCGAUUUAAUUGUGAUAUAUGUAUGUAUUAUGUUUAAUGUUGUAUAUGUAUUACUUUUUAAUUGUUGUUAUUUUUCUAGUGCCUAUUUGUUUAGACUACUUUGUAUUAUUUUUUGUUUAUAUAUUUUGUGUAACAUACUUAAUAAAAUAUUAUACAUAUUUUAC